UCAUGCGCAUAACUUCUUUUCGAAAUUGUGUUACACAAAGAAUUAAUAAAUAUUCAUUCCGUUUGCUUUCAACAACAGUAUAAAAUGCGUGAAUUUGUCACUGCGAUUAUCCUCCUUAUGGCUUUUGGUUCUCUGCUUGCUAACGCAAAUGAGAGCGAAAAAGUGUAUGCCAAGUGCAUGGACACCCAUGAUGUUACUGAGGACGACCUGGAAAUUAUGAGGAAUACAGAAAUAGGUUUUAACUAUCCUAGAAAAGUUCAAUGCUUCAUGAGCUGUCUUGCAAAUCACACUAAAUUUUUUGAUGAGAAGGGAAAAAUCAAUUAUAAUGUAAGUAUUGCGUCACUCCAAACUUCCCUGGCUGAGGCUCCAGAAGAGGCCCAUAAGGCGACUGUAGCAAUCACACGCUGCAAGGACGAGAUUGGAUCGGACCCAUGCGAGACUGCCGCAAAGAUUUACUACUGCCUCAAAAUGGCGUCAACUUGAGGAGCUUUGCCGGUUGACACAAUGAAAACGCACAAAUAAAAUAUUUUAAUAAGAUUUACAUCACGCUAAUAAUAAAAUUGAUUCUUUUUCG